AUGUUGUUUGAAGAGCAAGUGACUGCCCUGGGAGGUCAGAAUCUCAUUGACUUCCUCCUGAUGGAUGAUAUUCCCUGCCCCGAAAUCCUAGGGGAGGAGAACUGUCUCAUGGAAGACUGUAGCAUAUCAGAGCCUGUGCUCCUGAAUGAGGAGAUUGAUGACUUAAUUGCCUCCAUGCUGAGCCCUUCUGGAGACAUGCUAGAAAUGCUGCAGGAAUAUUUGCUUGCUGACGGUGACAGCAGCAUUUCUGAAUAUCAGCAUCUGUUCUAUAGCCCUGGCAGCAACUUUGACAGCAGCUGUUGGAACUCAGACAUUGUGCAUAUUGAUCACAACUAUUCCUGCCCUGUGGAUAUGUCUAUGCUGGAAAACAUGAGCUCUGACAUGGCAGAAGGAGAUGCUUCCACUGAGCUUGAGACAUGGAUGGAUUUGGAAGGCACAAGUAUGGCUGCAAAAGAGAGGUCCUGUUUCCCCAUUCCUGUUGCUGUGAGUGCCGGACCCCAGCUUGUGCCUGAAGUUGUUGCACAGCCCAGCAUGCCAGGGCUGGUCCUGUCAGAGGCAGAGAUGCAGGUCCUGGAGAAAACUCUUGCCCUACCAACCAAUCUGCCACUGCUCAAAGCUGAAGUGCAUCUUCAGGAGAAUGUGCAUCAGAAACACUCAGCCCAGGAUAGUCAGGACAGUGAGAUCAACAUGGACUGCCUGGCAAACAGUGUGGUAGCCUGCACAGGUCAGAACUACAAGCUGGGGAAGAAGGUGCAGGUACGACAUAAGCAGAAUAUAGAAGUUCUUGUUCUCCUGGUUCUGUCCCUCAACCUCAUUGUCUCCUCCAGCCUCUUCUAUCUUGAUAGUCAAGAGACAGCAACAGAGGCUACAGUGCUAUCACAGCAGAUCUCUGAGUUCCCAGACCACGUGGUAGUUGAUGUCCGGGAAGACACUGUGCUGAAGUUGUUCUUCCCAGACUCUGAGGACCCCUUGAUGUCCAUCAGCGUUACUCAAUCACAGGAACAGGAGCAGAGCCCACCCGACCUCAAGCCCAGAUCUUCUUUCAACAGCAACCUAUUCUCUGGUGUUUAGACAGAGGCAGGCUCCAAGCUGAGCCCUCCCCAGCCUCAGAAGGACCUUUUGCCAGCAGCUGUGCUGGUGGCAUGGAAAGCCAAAAGGCAGAAGUAGGUGGAAUGUGCUGCCAGAGCUGUCAUCCAUCAGCACUGUGCCAAUGAGCAAAUGAGAUGUGACCACUACAAUCUUCUGCCUCUUGUGGUGAUGCCUCAUGCCGCUGCCAAGCAGGGACAAACAGCUAUAUUAACAGAUAAUUAG